UACUAAACCCUUUCAACCAAUCUCUUCUUCCUUUUUCUCACCAUAAACCCUAAGAUCGAACAACUGAUUUCUCUGUGUUUUUUUUCCGAGUGCGAGAGAAUGGGGAGCGAUAGCGAAGCAGAGAGAUCGGCUCUCAAGGAGAAGAAGAAGCUCUUCGCCCUCGCCCCGAUUGCCAAACCCCUCGCCGGGAAGAAACUCAGCAAGCGCACCCUCAAGCUCGUCCGGCGCGCUGCAGAGAACAAGUGUUUGAAGCGAGGCGUGAAGGAGGUGAUGAAAAGCAUUCGGCGUGGAAACAAAGGAUUUUGUGUGAUUGCUGGGAACAUAUCUCCUAUAGAUGUCAUUACCCAUGUGCCAAUCUCGUGUGAAGAAGCUGAUAUUCCAUAUGUUUAUGUUUCGUCAAAAGAAGAUCUUGCAAAUGCGGGGGCCACAAAGAGGCCUACAUGCUGCGUUUUGGUGUCAACCAAGCCUAACAAGGGAGAACUCAGUGCAGAGGAGCAAGAAAAGUUGAAGGCCGAAUACGACCAGGUCGUGUCAGAAGUUCGCGAGUUAACAUCCUCUUUGAUUUGAAACUGAAUUCUUACUUUGUGCUCUGGUAGUAAUGUGUGCUAGGUUACAAUGUUUUUGUAUGUUAAGAUCUUCCUUGAAUCAUUGCUAUUGCUUUCAUGUU